AUCCUAUGAACUGAACUGACAACACCCAGGCAGAGCUGCACAAUAAAGGCUUUAUUUUCAGGGCUAGCUAAUUACACAGGCUAUAUUUAAAGAGUAGGAAACAUGUUUUAAAAGCUGACAAGCAGCGCGUUGCUAGAAGAGGACUGUUUCCUGUGAUUUAGCAGAAGAUGAGCAAUGCCAGUAAAAAAGAGAAGGAGCAGAAGAGGAAGCUGCAGCACUUUUUGAGCGACUUGGCUUUACUGGGAACGUUGCAGGGUUUUAAAUACUUCCAGCCUUGGCUGAGAGGAAAGGAGGAGCUGCUGUUGACUGUCGUCAAUGAGGAUCUGGGCUGGCGCUCUCCAGGCUUUUUGGUCUCCAGGGCGUCCACAUUGUCCUCCAGCAGCAGUGAUCCGUCUCCCAGCAGCAGCUCUCCCAGUCUGGACAGCAGGAGCAGCUCGCCCCUUCCCGGGGAGCCUCAAGGCCCGCUGGCUUUCCAGACCAUCAGCCCUGAUUCCAAGACUGUGACGCAGACAGACAGUCACAAGGAGCUCAGCAGUGAGGAGCAUCUUCUCCCAGCGUCUCCCAGCGAAGGAGAAAUAGCAGUACCAGAGGUGAACUGCACUCUGUUUCUACUGGCCGGUUACGUCAAGUAUGGUCGCCCAUACGCUUGGAUACGCUCCAAUCACGAGAGGCUGGUCAACAUCGGCGGGAUGGAUUCGAUGGUUAAGGACACGCCCAUGAAGCUGAAGUCCAUCACAGACUGGCAGACGCAAGGUGUGGAAACAGAGUGGAAUCCCACCUGUAUUCGUGUGUGGGAUAUCGUGAGUGAGCUGGUGUGUCUGUGCACUGUUCCCUCUCCCUCCAACCCCUUCGCCCUGGACAUGCGCUACAUCAAAAGCCUUCCCCUGCAGGACCGCUUCCUGGUCACAGGAGCUCUGCUCAGCUUCCUGGAGAUGUAUCUGGUUUAUGGGAAUCGGGAUGAGAUGCACUAUGACAAAGUGGUAGAGGAAGUGAAACCUCUGAGGCGUCUACAUUUCCAGUCCCUGCUGGAGCAGCAGCGCCUCAGAGAAAGCUCUGGAAAGGCCAGUAGCUCCACAGAGCAGCACUCUUCAAGAUGAAGUCCUGUCGAAGAACCAAAUGGGUUUAAUUGUGCAAUAUG